AUGCGCAAUUUCCGUUUGCUUUUUCAAAGACAGUACGCGGACGGCAUCCGCUUCACACUCCAGCAUGCUCGCAGGCCCCACUCCAGAGUGCGCAACCUGAGAUUCAGGGAGAUUCAUGGGGAAGUGUGCUUUCAAGAGCAGCUCCUUGUCCUCGGAAAGGUGCGUUUCAUGUAUGUGUCAGAGAGAUCUGGCGAGAGGCUAUUGUGCGCGCCCACCUCCUGCCUUCCGAGAGACUUUUUCGUACGUCUUCCCGUCGAUCCAGGUACUAUCUUUCCUCGCACAGCUGACGAAGAACCCAAGGAACCUGCGGAAGCGCAUUUUUACAACCGCGACCUGAAACCCACUACUACAGAACGAACACGGUCUCUCGUUGCUUCGUGCGUCGGUACAGUUCCCUUCGAGUGCCGAAGACAUUGA